UUGGCUACUGGCUGCACUCGACAUUCAACUUUGAUUCGACUGACCACCGUGAAUCGACAAUCUUGCGACUUUUGCUUUCUCCAUUUCCUUCCUGAUUAAAAGUGCCGAAUCCGAGUUCCGACCAUUCAUUCUGUCUUGUUGCCCGACGCUGGAUUGCUUACUUUCAGGUCUGUUAAUGGAGGGAUCAAAGAAGUCUGCUGCUUCGACUGAAGUCGGCACCAGCGACACCCUUGUGUCGAAGGAUCCGCCUCAGGAUGAUAUUCUGGAAGAUAUCAAAGAUUUGCCUAAUGACGAUCAGAAUCAGGAGGGCCAAGUCCAGGGCACCCUUUCUGCACCUGACCGUCAAAAUUUGAAUGAUAAAAUUGAGCGUCUGAUCGAUGAAGCUCUUCGGUCACCAGAAAGACUGAAAAAGGAGGAUGCCUUUCAAACCUUCUCCAAAAAGGUGGAAAAGCAAUACAAACGUUUUAAUGAAGGCCCAGAGGACGUUUUGAGUCUGGAAACCCUGGAGAGCAUGUGGAGCUCGUUGACUCCUGAGGAACAAAUGGAGUUUGAAAACAUUGACUCUGAAUAGUUAUAAAAUUGAAGACACGAAGCAUAUGGCAAGGAGGACGCCUUGUCAAUUUGAGUUUUUUUUUCUUUUGUUAAGUUAGAAUUUAACUUUCAUCUCAAUGAUAAAAAUCCGAGCGUUGCGUAUGACCAGAAGAGAAUUGUUGUUAAUUCAGCGAAAGGUUUUUUAGUUGAAGUCUGAAACAUAUAUGACAAACUCCUGAAUUAGUUAAGGGCCAUUCGAACAUUAUACCUCAAGUGUUGAAUGUUCAAAAGAAUUUAAUUUAUGUAACUCGCAUGCACAUAAAGUGUAUUUAAAUUAUGAAUUGUAGCUUCUCUUGACCAAUGAAACAUUAUUGUUCUUUUAAUAUUUAUGUAAUUCCGCCAAGAAAAGUCACAUUGUGGCUCUCUUAGAUGACGUGCAAAGCACACCAAAUAUAUGUCAUAUUAUGUGUUGCGAAGUCUGGAUAAUAUGCACAAAAUAGACAUGUUAAUAAAUUAAAAUUG